CUUCCACCGCGGGGACGCGCCGUCCGGAGCGCUCGCCCAUCUACGUGCUCGGAGAAGCGGGCGAUAACGGGGCAAGGAGCUGACGGCGGGAGGAAGCAAGCAAGUACACUGUGGGCAUCUGCAUUCUGAGUACAGGGACAUCAGGACCACCAGCACCCAUACCCAGUGUUGGAAAGAAAGAAGGGUAUUCCAGGCAAGCUGGGGACUGCCAUGCUCUGGAAAAACCUUCUUGACAUGGCCAGGCGUUCCAGCUAGCCCAGACAUGAAAGGAGAAACUGUAGCAUGUUCCUGGACGCCCGUACCGCAGAGCGCAGUUUCGCCAUGUGACCGGUUCAAGCACGCCUGCUGCAUCUGCAGGGGGUUUCUGUAUGUUUAUGGUGGCCGGCAAAGCACUACUUUGAGUGACUUUUGGAGGUGCAAGAUAGUGAGUAAGGAGUGGGAGAGGCUGGACAAUUCAGAAGAUGGCCCAGAAGAACUGGAGGAACACACAAUGGUGGAUUACCAGGGUGUCCUCUAUAUCUUUGGUGGAAUGGUAGAUUCUGCUUUCACACAGAAGAAGAAUCCUCUCUGGAUGUAUGACACUGAUUCAACCAAGUGGAUGGAGUGCCAGCUCACAGCAGUGGUGGAGGGUGAGCGAGCUGUGCCUGUUAAUCGGAAAGGCCACAGUGCAGUUAUCUACAGGGGCAGCAUGUACCUGUAUGGCGGAUAUGUUGACUUUAAAGGCGCUUCUCAAGAAUUCUGGAGUUUAUGCUUUGAUACAAGGCAGUGGACCCCCGUACCAGCAACACUGAAUGGUGGCACUCCAGGACCCAGGCACGGUCACUCUGCUGUGGUUUAUCGCAACAGCAUGUACUUGUUCGGAGGACUGAUGGGGCUGAAUGAACAAAAGGACUUCUGGAAGUGGGAUUUUCUGGCUGCCAGCUGGUCCAGCAUCAGGAGGAGCCAGGGGCCUCCCAAAGUGGUGGGACAUUCUGCAUUAAUAUUUGAAGAUUCUAUGCUGGUGUUUGGAGGAGGAGUUUCUAAUGCCAGGCCAAGCAGUACUUUGUGGAAAUAUCAUUUUCCGACUCAAACGUGGAAAAAAAUGGCUAGCACAACAGAUCCUUCAUCCAAAGCUUACCAUUGCCUGCUGGGUACUGGAUAUGGUUUCCAAAUAACUGCUGAUGCUCCAGGGAUAUCACUCAGCCAUCCGAAGGAACAGGGCAUUUCAAAGCUAGCGCUCAUCUCUAAGAAGCAUUCGUGUUUCUGUGACUUUAUUGACCGGAGGCCCACAUACAAACCAUUCAGCAAUGAGGAUGAAGCUGAAAUUGAAAUGACUACUUUUUGCCAGUCUCAAGAGGAGCCAGGACUCUGUUCCUUCCAAACCACUUCUAACAUAGAACUGAGUGAAAAUGAAGCUGCAGACAUUUUGUCCAGAAAAGGACACUCAUACCUCAGCCCUUUGAGGGAAAAGGAGUUUACCACCGUCAACCCUACGGAGGGACAGGCAAACAUCAGCUCUGGGCGUGUGGACAGUAGCUGCCCCUCUGCUGUGCUGCUGCUUCUUGGAGGUAAACCCUUGUCCAGCUCUUCUGCAAUCUCAUUUUUGCAAAUGCAAAUAAACUAUAUGUAAUUGGUGAGCAUGUAACACAGAGGGGAAAAAACAGGCCUGGCCUUUGUGAAGAUGGCCAUCAGGAAGAAUCCUGCUGACCCUUUUUCUGUGAAUGGGAAGUAUUUGUUAAGGACAGCCUGGGAAGGAAGGACUCCCGGCAUUUUCUGGAGUCUUUCACCUCAGCAAAACAAGCCAUGCAGCUUUUCCUGGUGCUUGAUACUGAACACUUGGAUUAAGCAGCUUACUGAAUCAUCUGGCAAACUGUCUGGCAAAUUGUUACCACAACCUAUAUCUCUAUUUACCAUUUCUAUAGCAAUUUUAAAGCCUAUGCAACUAGUCCAAUUUUUAUGAGAACCCUGUAAAGAGGGUCAGUUCAGCUUCCAUGUUGCAGCUGGGCAGUGAUGGUAAAAAACAGCAGGCUGAAGGGAUGUUUGAGCUGGAGACCUUUGUGGUUCAUUCAUCUAGUGUCUGCGCUGCUAUAUUAUACCGCUUAAUAUCCCUGAAUGUAACUUGGGGUGGACUUCAAUCUUACUUUAAUGCCAUCUCCAAGUAAUUUUCAGGUACAAUAUCCAAGUUAUUUUACUUCCCUUAAAAAAAGAAAAAGAAAAAGCCACAGAUUCCCAUGUAGUUCUAUACUUGUAAAGACUUAUGAAAGCAACACUGGUUAAUUGAUGUCCACACUUCUCUCUCAUCCUUUGAUGAUGCAGAAUAUCAAAAUAGCAUUUUCUCCCCAAUGUGUGUCAUGAUAUCCUUUACUUCUUUUACUGAGGUAUUUAGCUAUACCAAAUGAUACUUGAUGACAUCUAAUUUACGUAAACUUAUUUGGAUGAGAAUGCCUUCCUAACCGAGUAUCCUUUAUGCCUUAAUUGUAUUUUUCUGUUCAUACACAAGAUGGAGCCAUCUCCCUUUAUCCAUCUUUGUAUACGCCAUCGAUUAUAUUCCAUACUACCGAUAAAUGUUAUAGAAAGAAGGGGGUGCCCAGGUUCCGGGUCACAAAGCCGGAGUGUGUGUGUCAUUGCAUACAUUUUUCAGUCACCUCUGAAAAAGUGGGGCAGUGAAUAGCCUGUCUGCCCCAACCCACCAACUUUAGGAGACUUCUGUGUGAAGAAAAGACCUAUACAUUUCCUAUAAAUUGAGCAGAUCUUCAGGGGCUGCAGAGGUGGAAGAGAGGAGAGACUUCCACUGUGCAAGUGGAUUUCUACUUGUGUAACAGUGGUUGCCACCCAAUGCCAACCCCUCCAAACAUCACUUAUUUUCACUACAGACAGAAACUCGAGAAAGCAGGAGAUUUUGCCUGCAUUUUGUAAUGUGUGGACAAAUUUCUGGUCUUGCUAUGUUGUUGUUUUUGUUCUGGAAUGAGAAUACUUCAAGGCAGCCAUUUUGCACAGUUGUGUUAUAUUUAGAAAUAAACUACAACAUCAUC